GGAUUUGCAAGUGAAGGAGAGCAUUAUUGUACAGGUGCCGAGUAACCAAGUUAUGCGAACAACAGAAAAGGAUCAACGGCAUUCCUAGUCUACAGUCAGCUGUUUUUGUUUUGAUAAAUUGUGAAUACAACACUGUGUGUUACUUAAACAAAACAAAUGCCGAAUAAAUACAAGUUUUCGACUACUCGUAGAUAAUAUUAUUUGUACAAAAUAAUAAUUUAAUAAUAAUCGAGGAGCCUGUUGUCGGCGGUUAAUAUUUGCAAAAUAUGAUACUUGGGGCAGGUCAACUAAAAUUUCUGCCAGGUCUUUGCUGGCGCACUGCAACUUUGCAAUAUAGAGAAAUGCACAUCAAACGUGCAGAAUUAUAUAAGAAAUGCUUUCGCAUAUUGGGCGUCAACGAAGCAGCCGACCAGAACACUGUACGCAACGCAUACAUCGAUUUAGUAAAGCGUGUGCACCCAGACUCCGGCCUGCCCGAAGCAAGCGCUGAACGCUUUCAAGAAGUGGACGAAGCAUUCAAAGUGCUUCAGGAGAAAUUUGCAAAAAAUCGGCGCAACAUAACUGAAGAUGACGAAGAGGAAGUGCACGAUAUCAAGCAUACGGCGCCACAACAUCGCCAAUACCUGAGCUAUGACGGUAUGGGCGUAGGCAAUCCGUUUCAAAGACAAAAACAAUACCAACAGAUCAAAGCAAUGAAAGCGCAGGAGCGUGUGCUCAGUCAUCGUAUCGAAAAAUCACAAGCCGGCGAGGGUACGAUAAUGAAGAAGGGCACAUUCUAUAAGAAUCAUGCAAUCAAAACAAAAUACGGUUUCGAUCGUAUAUGCGAGGAUCUCAUACAGGAGGCAAUGGCAAAGGGUGAUUUUGAUAAUUUGAAAUGUGCGGGCAAACCGUUGAGCAGCGCACAAACACAAAAUCCAUAUUUAGAUUUUACAACGCAUAAAUUGAAUAAAAUACUGCUCGAUAACGGUUUUACGCCCGAGUGGAUAACAUUGCAGCGCGACAUACGCGAAGCUGUGGAGCGGUUGAAGAAUGAACUGCGCACAGAGCGUGCCUACUACGGCGAUUAUCCGUUCGGCGUGGAAGAGAGUCGCGACUGGCAGGCAGUGCUGCAGCGCUACAGCGCUGACGUUAAGGAAAUCAAUAAAAGUAUUGAUAAAUACAAUUUAAUUGUGCCAAUAUUGCAGAAUCAGCUUUUCCGUUUGAAUAUGGAGAAGCUGUCCGAGCAGGUGAUUAGCGAUCCGAAAGCUUUGAAGAAUUUCAAAAAGCAAAAGGAGCCACCGAGCGCGGUGGCAAGCGCUGAAAAGGCUGGCAAAACGGAUAUAUUGUCGUUACUUGGCUCGUUGUUUUAAAGAGGAAAGGACUUGAUUGUGAAAAGCAACUAAAGGAGAUUUGUGCUUGUUAACUAUGUAUGUGAUUAAAGGCCACUGUUGGCUGCGGUGAUAUGUACAAAAAUAUUGUUUAUUGUUUUAAAUAAAUUAA